UCUAUGUUCAGAUCCAAAUUUCCUUCAAAUUCAAAUCUUUCAUUGCCAAAUAAAUCUCGAAUUUCGUAUUCAGUAUGGACAAGCCACAGUAUGCUCGCGUGGUGAAGGUCCUUGGCCGCACAGGAUCCCGGGGGCAGUGCACCCAGGUGCGGGUGGAGUUUCUCUGUGACCAGAACCGCCAGAUUAUUCGCAAUGUCAAAGGACCUGUUCGCGAGGGCGACAUCCUGUCGCUUCUGGAAUCCGAGCGCGAGGCCAGGAAACUGCUCUAGGAAGAUCGCCACUUGCAUAUUACCUCGCAAUGUAUAUAAUUAAAUAAUGUUAAUAAAGUUAA